AUGGACGAGGAGCUGACACGGGAGCUGACAGCGCUCGGUGCUAACACCCAUUACGACGGCUUGUUCAGCCACAAGCUGCCUCUGCGCAUCUCGCGCGUCGCACGCUUGAUUUACGGUGUAGCUGGAGCCAUCUGGCCGCCGGGCAAGUCGCGCAACCUCAUAUCGCAAGUGACUUCCACGGACGCAUCCAUGCCAUCGCCGACCACAAAGCCCAAGCAGUCGCUUUUCUACACACGCAAGAAGGUCCCGCACCGCGCGUACUUGGAGCCGUCGAUCCAGAAUAUUCCGGCGUCACCGGCUGCGGCCCACCUGCGCCCGCCACCGCCACGCCUGCCCACCGACCCCACACAUUUCAUCGGCAUUGCGUCCUACCGCGACGGCUUCAAGUGCGGCUACACGCUCUGGACCGCCUUUACGAAUGCGCGGUACCCCGACCGUGUCUUCCUUGGCGUCGUUGACCAGACCGGACCCGGCGACCUCAUCUGCCUCGAAGAGUACUGUCGCCGCGCCAAAGAAACCUGGCCCGACCACGACUGCCGAUACAAAGCCAACAUCAAGAUCGACGCGCGCGAUGCGCGCUUGUCCAAAGGGCCCGUGAUUGCGCGCUGGCAGCAACAACAGCUCAUCGGAGACCAAGAUUUCUGCAUGGAGCUCGACGCGCACUCGAAGUUUCUGGCCGAUUGGGACGUCGAGAUCGUCAAGGACUGGCUGCGGACAGAGAACGAGAUGGCCGUCUUCUCGACGUAUCCGAUGGCCUACAACUACAUUGGACCAGGCGACAAGAUCGCGACGCACUACAGCUCGCACUUGGCGUCGUACCUCGAGCGCAGCCACGAGUAUGACAUUCCGGUCAUUGGCGGCUACCUCCUCAUUGACGACUCGGAGGUGCCGCAGAUGUCGGCGCUCUGGGGCGGCUGCCUCUCGUUCAGCAAGUGCCACGCCGAGAAACGCGCGCCCAUGGACAAGUACAUGAAGUGGAUCUUCUGGGGCGAAGAGUACCUCCGGUCCAUGCAGCUCUGGACGCACGGCUACGACAUUUACUCGCCGUCGCGCCACGGCCACAUCGUGUUUCACAACUGGACCAACGACCCGCAGAAGAAGCGGUUUUGGGACAAUGUGACCACCGUGGCCGAGAAGCCGCGCGAAGAAGCGAUCGCGUACAACCGUCUUCGUACGAUGCUGACGCUGCCGUUCCAAGGCGAGGUCGACACGCGCGAGCUGCACCGGUUUGGGCCCGGCCGCGUCCGCUCGAUUGCGCAGUUUCUCAAUUUCUCGGGCAUUUCCAACACGAACGCGUCGCUGGACGAGUGGCCGACGGCGCAGCGUCGAUGGGUGCCGUACUCGGUGCCGGACGAAGUCGAGGCGCUGCUGCCGGGCUGGACGCUCCACGGCAGCAAGGAGAUCUCCGAGCCGAUGGUGCUGAAUGAGCUGCAGAAGCUCGCGGCCGAGCUCCACGGCGAUCGGGGUGCGCAAAAUACAUCGCUGCAGGCGCUAGCCCAGCAGCUGGACGCGAACCGUGCGGGCCAUGAAGAGGGACUUCUGCAUCUGCGCAACGAUGUGGCUCAGCUCCGCAGAGUGGACCGCGACGGCAACUUUCAGUCGAUCGCCGUCCUCUGCUUCAUGAUAGUGGCGCUCUUGGCAUUGGCGGUGCUUCGCAGACGGCCACGAAGCCCCAAGGAGGCUACACGAUGAACCGUUAACUUGAAGAUUUUGGACGCAACGAUCUCUGG